AUGGCCAAAAGGAUUGAGGGACUUCGACGUAUCGCGCAAGCUAUGAAUGCACAGGAGUACGAACAGGCCCUGGUUGCAAUUAAGGAGAAAAUUCGCCAAAAUGAAGGUGUUGAGAUGCAGGAUAGAAUGCAAGAGCAGAUUCGCCAGUGGUUUCUGGAAUGCCGGUGAGAUAUUUAUAGAGUGUUUGUUUUAGUAAAUUUUUAAUGCUCUACUCUAGUUGGGAUCUUAUUCCCAAAUACUAAACGCUAUUUUGACAGCUACCGUUUAUAACAGAUAUCUGUUUGAAAAAUUUCAAAGAACCUGUAACUAAUCUGUAAACAUACUGACUCUAUUAUUGCACAAGAACGGCUCAAUUUUCCCUGAAGUGUUCAGUUUACUUUGUAGGUAAAACCUGUUUCAUGCAACAUGCAAUAAGAGUUUAUUGUUAGUAAACCAAAACAUAAGGAGAUUUGUUACUAUACAACACUGACAUUGUUUUUGGCUAAACUUUUUCCGACAGUUUAUCAAAAUUUACUUUUUAUAGUUUUGAAUAGCCUAUCCCUUCUAUGAAAAUAAACGUAAUGAAGUAUUUGUUUCCCCGGACAGAUAGGUUGUUCUGAGGCGUAUUCUUUAAAAUGAGUAGGUUUCUAAUAAGGAUGUCAGGUUAACAAUUAUUAAGUUUGUCUUCAGAGGCAGAAACAGAUCCGACUUAGUCACUUCUUCCUGCGGUCAGCAAUUCCCACUCCAUUCUGCGUGAACAUCGGGUACACCACGUUACAAAAUAUUUUCUUCGAUAAAAUAUUACCUAAACAGCACACCAAAUGACAUCUCUAAAACUUGCGCAAUUAGUCACUGUUUAAAGACUUUGAUAUUCUAAUGCACUAAUCCUAAAAUCGGGCAGUAUCUGACGCCUUUGUAAAUGGGUUUUAAGAAGACACUAAUGGGCGUCUGUGACUCUGACAAGAUCCGAAAGAUGUAUGAACAGGAAUGACAUCAACGUAGCAAUUUGCUUUAUUUGGGUUUAAGGCAAUUUGUCAGUGAUAAACAUCUAUCUACCUAUAUAUGCCAAAAUCUCCCAAACACCGAGCAGUGAACAUUUUUUAAGAAAAUCCAAGAAUUAAAUAACAGAACACACCAAUACAUUUCAGAAGUUACUUCUUUGAGAUAAAACUUUCGCUUUUGCUCUGAAUGCCUAUUUUACUUGUCCACUCAAGCCGAACACUAAAAAUUGCUUAUCAUGCUUUUAUAAUGUCAAAACAUACAUAACAUAUUAAAACUUGUCUGAAAGAGUUCUCAUUUUUCGUUACGUGAUGGACUAUUUCUUCCUGCUGAAUAACAUAGAACAGUGAAUGUGUUCUUCAAAAAUCACGUUUAUCACCAGCAAUUACGUUGAUGCUGCAACGACUAUUUUUGCGCCUUUUUCUGCAUAAUCGAUUUUCUAUAAACACCUUUUAAUGCCUUAACCAUAUUUAUUUGAGCCUUCUUCUGCAGUAUGUUAACUCGCUUUUGAAACUGCAUAUCCGUCACAUAUUCUAUCGUUCUUUGUUAUCGAUUAUCCCAGAGAUGCCACUGGAAAGUUCCCCGACUAUCCGAGCGAGGAAGCAGGCGGAUCUCUUUGGGUCUUCAAACAAAAACCUCCCGAAAUGUUAGCUGCUGAAGAGGCCGCUCGAGUAAAUUUCAAAUUUUUAAAUUAAGUGUAUUAUUUAAAACUGCAGGGCUCCGUGUGAGCAUUUUUAUAUACAGUAUGUGUGCUAAUUUAUGAAGUAUUAACGGAAAUUCUGAAAUGCGUUUUCGUUUCGAGAAGAUUAGUUAACUAGGGUUUAAAAAUUAAUCGUGAUGUAAAACAAUUCUUUAGUAAUUCAGUUUCCUCGGAAUGCUGACGUUCAAACAAACUUCAGUACGGUCACACGAAAAAACCAUGCUCAAUAAAAAAUGGCUACUUAUAUGACAUGAAUUUCUUCAGUAAUUUUCCAUGCCCUUAAAAAUUCAGUUAUAUUUUGUGGGAAACAUGCAUCAAAAUACUCAGUCUUUUACUUAUUUGGUAGAAAGUUACAUCUUGUUCCAACUUUAUACUCGAGGGAAGGGUAUAAUUUGGUUUUGAAAAGUUUCUCAUUAUGAGAUUUUUCGAUACCGUGAAAUGUCCGCUCAUAAAACAUCGUGUCUCUGCAUUUGCUAAUGUGGCUUGUAAAGUUCACAAUGUGGCUAAAUCUUAUAAAACGCAUAUGGUCUCCUCCUUAUACCAUGUAAAAUGUAUGGUUUGCCGUAUGCAGAAAAUAUACGGUUUGUGGUUUGCAAACCCCCAAUGCAAGUGUAACGGCAGUACGGGUUCUAAAUUAUUCGGGAAUUGGAAACAUUUUUAAAAAACGGGUUAUACCCUUCCUUCGAGUAUAAAGUUGGAAGAGGUAACUUUCUACCGAAUAAGUAAAGGACUAAAUAUUUUUAUGCAUGCUUUCCACAAAAUAUAAUUGAAUUUUUAAGGGCAUCGAAAAUCAAUGAAAAAAUUCAUGUCAUAUAAGUAGUCAUUUUUACUGAGCAUGGCUUUUUCAUGCGGCCGGACAGAGGUUUGUUCGAAAGUCAGCAUCCCGAGGAAACCGAAUUACUAAAGAAUUAUGCUACAUCAUGAUUAGUUUUGAAUCCUUUUUAAGUAAUCCUCUCAAAACGAAAACACAUUUCAGAAUUUCGGUUAACAUUUCAUGAGUUAGCCCACCUACUGUAAGAAUACAACAUGGAUUUUAGGUCUUCAUGCAGUCACCCUAGAUACCGCUUUACUCGUCACAUCUGACAGGCAGUCGAAAUCCGGGUAUAAAUUCUAAUCCAAGACAUAAGGGCCUUACGAAAAGAAGAAGAACUACCGAAAAUCACUAGUAUGUAUUCCGAUUUUCUUUAGAAUCGUGAAACUUUAAAAUGUCUUGAGGUUAAAAACAAUGAAGUUCAACUGCACAGUUUAGGAGAAAAAAUUAGUAAACUGGGGGUCGGACGAUUUCUCCAACCUUAUUCUUGUAUUUCACCUAAGAUAAGAUCGCUUCGCAUAGUUCUUCUAAACGAAAGGUGCAAUACAUUGGCUCUUUAUAUCUUCUGUCUUCAACUUUUUAAUUUUAAAGCUAGCAGCUGAACUAAAAAAGAGGGAGAAGGAAAAAGCGAAGGUCGCAAAACCGGCGACUCAAAAGAAGAAAAAGGUUCGUUGUCUUCUCCAUUCAUCCAUAUUUUGAUUAAAGUUUUGCAUAUUUAGCCUUAAACGACAGUCUGCACAGUACUAUAAAAGGCUGACACAUUCAAAGUAUAAUUAGGGAUUUCGUUAUUUUGGAUUCCUUUCCCUGAUUAUAAGUGAUUUUGUUUUUUUUGACUAGAGGUAUGAAAAAGCUGAGAGUAUUUCAGAAAAGUAACUAUGCUGUGCGCAGUAUCCGCCGGGAAAGCUUCACCAUUUCACUUUAAAAAAAUCAUAAACAGGUAGCAAACCACGAAAGUUUUCCCGUCCUUUACAUAGAAAGCAGUGACAAGUGAGUUAUUAUUCUUUAGGAUUGUUAAUUUGUUGUAAUGCAUUACCAGGAGACGGUAAGCCUACCUAAGACCGUGGACGACAGACGUGUGACCACAAGUAUUCAUUAAAAUUCAUAGAGCAGGAGGGCUUUAUCGAUAAUGACGUACUGUCUGUUAUAUCAACCGCAAUGUGGGUCAUACCUCUUUAAAAACAGCUCACAACAUGAAGUGCGCUGUCCAUGCUUUCUAGAGAACCCGAUGUUUUAUCACCAGUAGAGGCUGAAGUGAACGGUACUCGUGUAUCCAAAUGAAUCAAAUUUAGUACCGUUUGCUGAUUGGGCGCGUAGUCCCGAGUGACUCGGAGGAUGUUGACACGUUCCGAAGACUUCUUUCACGCACGGGAUCCUCCGCUAUUACCUAGGCUCUUUUACUACUCCACUUAUGGCCUUUCGACACAUCCCCUUUUCUCGACAAAUGCACUUAGGUAUUCGUCAGAUCUGAAGACUUCUUGGAAAUGCGCAAUUGUGUCAUUGACUGAAGAGUUAUAUUUUGACUCGCGCUGGACCAAUGCAGGGGCUAGGUCAAAGUCCGGUAGGCGUUAUUGGAAAUGUGUACCCGUAACAAAUACCAACAUUUCUAAGGCAAGAUCUUACUUCGUAGUCGUACCUGUAAGGGGUUAGGGGUUGGCGUUAAAGGUUAGCGGUGAGGGGUUGUGGUUUGAAUUGGGGUUGAGGGUUGAAGUUAGGGUGGGGCUUGUCAACUGCAGUUACGGCUACGAACUGAGACCCGACCAUUCUUAAUGCGACAGCACGACCAGUUGCAGGCAUACCCGCACCAGUUAGGAUCCGAGCCGCCCCCUUUUUGCUGUUGCGUAAAAUGCUGGCCGGUGUACAUCGUGGGCCACGAGGCCUGGUGUGCGUCUAAGCGUGUGUUUUCGCCAUGCUAGCCACCUGCGCCCUCUCCCGCCUCUGGUCUUCUUGACUCUGUCUUGACACCAGAUCCAGGUGGAGGAUAAGGAGAGAGAGAGAGAGAGAGAGCGGUAGGUGCUGCAAGUCUUCUAUCCCCAUAAAUUAAUUCGCGCGCACGUUGCCGUCCUUGAUCUCAUCCUGCUGUGGAGCGCACAGUGGACAUCAUCGGCGGCGGCGGUCGGACCGUCGUUACUGCUGUUAUAGCUCUAUCUGUGCAGCUUGUUGGCAUUUCUUCCUACAUUAGCUCUUUUCAGGUUGCCACUGGGUUGGCGUUAGAUGAAGGCGUCAAGGCAUAAGUAUUAGGCUCCCACUUUCCACCUAAAGCCUACCGAGUACUUGGGUGGGGUGUGGGGUGAUGCUCCUUCUAUGUUCCGCCUGUGCCUCUUACAACGGGUGGGCAGGAGUUUCGCUGGACGGACACGGGAAAGCAGGCCAGAGUAGGGCACACGUUACCGGGCUGUGCAUCCAUGGUAAAUGUUAUACGUGCGGGGUGCGACCGCACGUCUAGACGCAGGCUCACGUCGCGCCAGCCAACUGCAAUCAAUCCCGUCUCCAAACUUCUUGACUCUGGCAUGGCAUCGGGUCCUGGAGGGCGGGGGAGGAGAGAGUGCGGUAGAUGCUGUGGAAGACCUCCACAACCAUAAACGCAUUCACGCGCAAGUCACCAUCCUUGCAUCUAUCCUGCUGUCCGGAAUACGGUAGAUAUCGUUGAUAAAAAUGGUCAAGCUAUCAUGUGUAAUCAAUAUAUUGCAUACUGUCUGCUGCAUAUCCAAAUAUUUGACGGUUAUUUUUCAGAAGCCGUUUGUAUCUACUGGCAGAUUUUGGAUUUAAAUUUCCAGGUCGACAUCUCUCCAUGCUUCUCCGUUGAUAUUCUGCGGAAUCAUUAGCAGACCAUGUAUGAAAAUAGCAGAGGGUUUUAAUAAGGGCGCAUGUAGACUGACACAGCGCUGUUUUGAGUUCAUCCCUGACCAAAAUCGGGGCCAGGGUCACAAAUAUGCGCGCACAUACGGUGCAGAUGCUCUUUGGAUGUGCUUUAUCAAAUGGUAAUAAGCACUUCACAGAACAUAUGUUCGUCGGUGCCUCGUUAUUUGACAAUCUCUGUUGCCGCCGAUUGUGUAUACGCAAGGAACAGAUGUACGCUGUCCUAGUGACUUCGCGAACCAAGAACGUUUCAAAGAGUUUGCAGGGGUCACCGGCGGGCAAUUAUCGAUCAGGCCGAGCUCAGCCAUAACAAUAAAAGUCGCUAUCGUGACCCAGUUGGAUCUGAUCGUUCGUUGAUUGCUCGGCACCUCUGCCAUACAUUUAAGUCUCGUUUUCUUUGGAAAGUAAACGGAGCGGUGUGUACCUAUUCCGGUAGGAACAUAGGCAAAUAUACAAAAAUUCUACCGAGGAAUGGAAGAACGGAUAGUCAUUUCUAGCGAAGUGAACGGUCAGGCAUUAGCUCAAGACUCGCCACUCACAGUCUUUGGGUACUAAUAAGACGCUGACCGUUCUCAUAUGUUAGGGUCUGCCUGAGGGUAAACAGGAGAUAGAAUAUAGAUUUCUGCUUAUUCUUAGAAUUUAAAAAAAUGAAGUAUGUAUUUUUUGUCGUUUUCGGCUUCUUAAUGAGAGGAAAUUAGCUCUCCAUUUCGUACCCAUCAGAAGAUGGGCCGUGUUAGAUGCGCUGACCUCAUUUUCCUUACUAUUUGUUUGCAUAACGGUCUAAUGAGUAAGAUUUUGUGCGGCCCCUGAUCCACUUUUUAUUCUUAAAGGGACAGAGAUUAAGUCGUUUUCCUUCGUGUCAAGCCUCAGUGUUGUAAGACAAUAAACAUUUUGCACAGGAAGAACCCGAGGGUUGGAUGAUAGGACCAUCUGUUUUCCUCGAAGGCCUUCAGAGUGGUUGCAGUGAAUACGAACGUACGUCCCAGGCAUUUAAAAAUUCUUAUUGUGAUGUUACCUUGUACACUGUCUCAGUCAUUUUCCCGUCCCUAAGCGCUAGGAAAAAAUCCUUGAGAAAUCACUACGUUGGCGGCACUUCCCCUGCUCAAAGCGUUUUGGGGGAAAUAAGCCUACCCCUAGACUCCAAUGUUUGAAGCUUCAGUAGCAACGGAGCAUAUGAAAACCUGCAGCAUCUAUGAGGUUAUGGGACGAUAGUGAUUACAGACAUAGGGUAAUCCCCCUGCAACGCACCCGAUUUCCACAUGCUAUUUUCCCACCGAUCCAGAAAGCCGAAAACAGACUUCUCUAACCGAUGUCCCAGUUCUCAAGGGGAAAACGGAACUUUUCUGAACUCAGUGGGGCACCAGUGUCAAUUUAAUCGCUUCUAGGAUCUUCAUCUGAAUCAUCCUAUGGUGAAUGACGAGUUCCGACACACGAUAAACCUGCAGGCAGCUGGAUAGAUUCGAAGGUUGAUACAACUUUUGUAAGUAACAUACGCCUCAUAAAAUGUGAACUGAUAUGCUGAAGUAUGGUAUUAGUUGGAAAGGGUUACCUGGGUGAGGUUGUGAUAUUGACUAUCAUGCAACAUAAUUCCAAGAUGUUUCAGUUGCAUUAGGAUGCCGACUUUUGAAUGCGCACUCUUUCGACUGUCAGCAAACAUCGCAUUUAUAGAUGACUACUUGGACAGUACGUAUUUUUCCGUUGCUUUUUGGUGCUGCUGCAAAUUCUUACCUAAGUUAUAGAAAGCAUACUCAAAAACACUAUUUCCUAUAUAUAUUUUGUAAUAUACUAUAUUCGACCCAAAUUUUCUUUUAAAAGAUACCAUAGAGUUUAUUUUGAAAACUUUAUCCAAUCACGGGAUAAUUUUGAAUUCAGCCUGGUGUUGCACUAUUGUUUAGGGUAUUUAAACUACAAUCCGCACACUUCCAAUCUUUUUGGUCUCCUCAGAAAUUUAUACGUUAACUGAGAGUAAAUCAGUCAAAAUGAAGCUUUGCGGGCUUAAUUCGAAAUCUGAUGUGAAUAUCUGAGCUAAAAUCUAUCGGAGUCAGCGAGAUAAUCGCGCAAUAUCUGAAAACUUCCCACAGACAGCCAGUAGUACACACGGGCAUUAUCUAGUACCUAUUCGACUAGUAUGGAAACGCAAUACAACAUUAUACACUUUCCAUUAAAUAAAAAUAUACCUUCCUCUAUGCAACUAAAGAAGUAUUAUAUAGGCUCAUAAAAUUGUAUGCCUGUCCUCCAUAAAAUAUGUCCGGACCUAAAAGGACGUACCACAAUUCUGCUCAUUUUAAGACCUAUUUUGUAGGUUGUCGGAAUGGACGCGCAUUUAACAGACAGCAUCCUAUUUUGACUAAGAUAUUUUGAGACUAGUCUGCAUGAUAGUCAAUACUACAAUCCCUCGUAAGCAAUUCUUUUUAUUUGAUAUCAUAUUUCGGAACUUCAGUUAGCAUCUCAUGAGAUAGAUCAAGUACAUUAACUGCAUCUUGACUCUCCCAAAAAUUAUGUUACGUGGAACAUGUUCACCACACGACAUAAGAACCGCUGCAGUGCUGCUUAUUAGAGAUGGCAGUGAGUUGAAAGAGAACUCGGGUCUCUAGACCACGAGGUGGACACCGUACCUGACCAGUCAAAUGCCACUGCACUGGUUAACAGGGUGGGGUACGGGAUGGGUAAAAUGGAUACCGAAAAGGACAAGUUAGAUUAUGGCAACAGUUUUUAGCUCGUCAGUCGUUUUCAACCAGCCAUACCCCAACCCAUGUUUAGUAACCUGACCAGUGAAAAACCCUUUAUCGAUGGCAUUUACGAUAUUUAUGUACAGAAAAGGAUCCUAAGCCAUUACCCUUUUUGUUAUUUCCUAAGACUAACACAGUUUUCCCGUAAACGCUCUCCUAAUUCGAGUUAUGUACGAUUACUUCUACUCAGUCGUUCAGCCGAUUAAGCGCGCCCUGUGACAAUUAGGAAGGGCUAUUUAACGUUUUUGAAUCAUUUACAUUUUGAUGUAGUCAGCCCCAUAGCUACGGUAAAUUUUUCUUCGAACUUUAGGACGCAGAUACCCCCAAGUAGAAGUACCAGCUUCAACUAGUCAUUUAUUUAUGGGUAACUUUAAAACUAUCUGGUGCUGAGUCAGGAAUUAAAAUUUGCCAUCAGCCGCGCCUGGAAGGUCAUCUCAGGAAAUCUACCUUCUCAAUAUUUGGCAGAUGUAUCCUUCUUGCUGAAACAUUGUUAUUCUUGGGUCUCCCUCACCCUAACUUCAAGUGAAUUUACUGACCCUUUUUAGAAUUGUGGAAAUAUCGCGACGAGAGCAAUAAUUUCUUCCAAAGACACGAGGAAGAACUAAUUGAAGCAGACAAGCGGGCCGAGCUUGACCUGGAAAUUCGCGUUCAUGUGAGUGCUUUCAUUCUACUCUUUUGUCGACAAGCUACUGCACGUGAUCACCAAGACAUGCAUCUGGACUUCGGUUUAGUAAACCGAUUGGAAGACGAAUCGCUGCUAGAUCCACUUAAGGUACCCCGAGCUUACUAGUGCCUUCUGCGUCAAGGUCUCACUUGCUAGACACUUUCUGUUUGGAAUGUCGCUCCCUCCGCAAAUUUCUUGAGGAUGAUCGGUUACUAAAAUGAAGGUUACUUUAGGUCCUGGAUCUCUUUAGCAUAUGUACGUGGCUGGAUAUUCUAAGAAAAUUAUUUCAGUUAUGAUAAAAAUCGUUUCAAAAAACUGCCUGCUGACAUUAUUUGCCUUAUUCGACAGAGUAAAAAAAUCCCACCAUUACUGAAACGAGACUGACAAUGGCUGACCGAUGCUUUAACAAUUCUGAACACAAACAAGGCCGUACUCACAUGGACCUUUAACUUCACUCUUUCUCGUGCUUCGCCAUCUCCAACGCAACCCAGCCAGUCACUCGAACAUUCGUUUAGUGGAUAAGACUGCAUUUUCGCUGGAAUACUUGCCAAAACCCCAACGAUACUUUUCCAAAAACUUCUAAGAAUACCUUUAAGGGAAUUCUAAAUUACCGUUUGCUUUGAAUGCUAGAGUAUACGGAUUAAAAAACCACUUAAGAUUUGUCCGACAGACAAGCUGGUUCCUGUCACAUUCGUUGGGGCAGGAAAUUUUAUUCAGGAUGCCAUGCAGCACGCCUCCGCCAACACUCCUUUCCAUUCUAAUACUACUAGGUCGAUGAAUUAAUGCGCCAAGAGUUGCGCAAUUUGAAAAUUGCCAUAGACAAGGAAAAGCAGAAGCGGAUUCCAAAAAAGAAACCCAAAAAGCAGAAGGGGAAGAAGAAGGGCAAAAAGGGGAAGGAUCUCACUCCUGACCGGUAAGUUGUCGGAGUUGUUUAUCGUGAGAACGAAUUGCCACUGAUGGACCACAUUGCAGCAGGCGAAGAAGCAUCCGUUUAUUCCCGUUUCUUUGUAUUGUGGUGGGUAAUCAAACAACCUCCCCCGCAGCGACUUUUUGGCUGAAAUUUGUUUCAUUUCACGGCAGGAGCUCCUUCGUCCCAUGAUCAGAUGUCGGGUGUUUUUUUCGGUUUGGGAGCAAGGUCAACUCCUAGCUGUCUUAAGAGCCAGUGACGGCCUCAAAAACGGCGUAACUGUACGGAAAUGUCCACCAGACUCUUGGUUGUUGUUUGAAUCGUCUCGGCUUGCCUUGGAGUGUUUAUCGCGUUCGAUAAAAUUUUGGAAAGACCCGUUUUUCAUACGAAGCCUUUGGAGUUAGAGAAGUUCAAAAAUUUUUUCUCCUGGCCCUUUGAUGUUUGUUUGUUUAACUUUGCAGGUAUUUCGAACAGAGCUGUGUUUGCAGUACAACGGAUGCCUCUAGUGGUAGCUUAUGAGUCGCCGUAUUUAGGUAGCCUUCCCAUAAAUUAUUUUAGGCACCCUUUAGACUUUCGAUUGACGAGGGCGUCCAGGAACGCCAGAUGCUCACUGUUCUCUACCUCUACUGUAAACUGGGUGUCCGGGAAAACUGAAUUUGAGUCGCAAAAAAAUUCCGGAACCGUUCCCUACUUUAUGAGGAUAAAGGGAUCAUCAACAUAUCUCGACCGAAAUUUAUGCCUGUGGGGUUCAGCGUUCCUAGCUUUCAUAGAACUGCCACUGUGACGAAGUUUGAAAACAACGUUCUUACUGGUACAGCUGUGUCCUGUUUGAGCAUGUUUCAUUCGAGUGGGAAGUACGACUCCAGUCAUUCUUUAAGGAGUUUGCCUAGAUGUCUUCGCCUCCUCUUCUCAUCCAACUAGUUCUGCCGUCUAUCGGGCAAGUUGCUGACUGUUUCGACCGUCAGAUUCUGCCGAAUUGAAGUGACUGGAGCCAGCCAGGGGAUGCAAACUAGAUCUGCGGUCUGGACCCGAAAACCGAGAUAAAUGUUUGGAUGUGGACGAUGACCUGCCAAAGCCCAAGUACAUGCCUCGACGUCCUCCUACCGUCAGUACUCCGACGCAGCCACCGCAUCUCUGACCCCUGCUGCUAAGGCUCCGCUCGCAUAAGCGUAAAUCCUAUGAACACUGAGGCACGGAACAACCUCGUUUACGACAAUAAAGACCCUUCGCUUUUGUAACUUCGAAACAAUACAGUCGUUGUUGCUGGUAUCGACGUUUUUUCUAGUCCAUGCUAACGGGCACCUUUUUACGCUUCUGUUAGCUAUAGAUAAACAUGAGUACAGAAGGCAAAUACCGACAAGGACAACGGAGACUAAAAUGGUCAUUCCUGGCUUACUACUCGCUAGCAGUCAGUCAUAACCAAGUCCAGGUUUUGACCAUCUGGGGUCUCAACCCGAGAUCUUUAGCCAUUGAUUCGAACGUUCUACCGCUGAGCCGCGGAUCCGCUGUCCGUUAUAUAUAUGGAAAAAGAAUGUAGGACAACCUCUGAGGAAGAGGAGGAGGAGGAGGAGGAGGAGGAGGAGGAGGAGGAGGCGGAUAAUUUAUUCAUCUAACGCUUCGCACUCGUAUGUCAGACAUUAUCAGAGAUAGACAUAAAUGGGGAAGUAGUAAUUUAAGUGAGUCCUUCUUACUCGUUCCUGAUAGGUACAGCACUUUGUUCUCACAAGUCCUCCUUUAUUGCUCAAGUGGUGCAUGAGAUCUCGUAUGGCGCAUGGAGGUCGAUCCUACGGCUUAUCUAGAUGGCGUCAGAUUGUCAAGCUUCCAACAAUCUCUCUCGCCAUCCUGCCGCCGGCUCGGUCGAGUACCUAUGAAUCUUCAAAGUCAAAAUGAAUAUCGCGUUCCGGACUAUGCAUGGCAAAAUGCGAUCGCACAUACUGCCGCUUUAUGAUUAAGGUAUUUGGCCAGACACUUGACGUGUCCUUACGUGGCAACCGACCCUUGCGCUGCAUGAGUAAACAGCAAGUGGUGGCCUCCGGUCGGUGUCCAAGGUACAAGCAUUUGUCAAUGAAGCUACGUGGGCAUCCAUUGGAGAGAAAGAGGCGCAAUAGGGAUCUGCGAUCACGCGACUUCUCGGCUUCUGUGCUGCGGAGUGUGUUGAUGCGCCUAAGAAGCGCCCGGAUGCAAAUGCAUUUGUGCGACAGAGGAUGGUCGCCGUUGUAAUGUAGUAUUUGCUUCGUGUUUACCGUUUUUCGAAAGACAACUGUCUGGAUAAUUUCGGCUCCCUGUUCCCAUACCUUGAUAUCGUGAAAAGGGAGCUCUUCCUUCGUCUUGAAUUGAAUUCAGGGGAAAAUCGAGUUUAAUUUCCUUUAAAGGUCUCCUUAGCGUAUCAGGUUAGGAUGACCGGGGUUUCGUCCUCGUAGCGCUUCCAGAAUUUUUACUUGUAGGACUGGAAGACCCAAGUUCCCGGUUCCCGCAAGACCGCCUCGGUGACGUAACUGGAGAUCGAGGAUCUCAUCAGGGUUCCCUGGAUUUGCUCAUAAAUAUGGUCGUUAAACGUGAAGUGCUUGCUUAAACAGUGCUCCAGCAGUUCCAUCGCAUGCCUCCUUUAAAGGGUUUUCCCCCUUCAUCGUAUUUCUUCUGCAGCAGAUUACUGACGACUCUCUCGACCAAUUCUUUAGGGGUGGGAGUGAACAGAAGGGAGCACGUCAAAGGAUACCAUUAUUUCGUCGGGGCCUAUUGUGACCCCCUGAAAUUCUCCAGGAAGUGCGUUGAGAGUACAGCUGUGUUCUGGACUUUCCGUCUGCUUGGCAAGCAUUGAGCCAGUCUGUAUAUAGGUGUGAUUUUCAGCGCCACGAUGGGUCACAGCGGAACGUUUGGUAUAUGCAUUUGUGGCAAAUUAUAGAAAAACUCUAAGGCGGCAUCUUGCGGACUCCUCUGUUUCCAACCCUUUUUUGACAUUGUCUGUUGGUUCUUCAUUAGGUACAGGCGCUUGUUGAUUUUACACGCCAGCGUUUUCAUGGAGCCAAGGUCGAUGGCUUUAUAUGACUGGCUGCCGCUAAUAGCUCCGGAGCUUUUGCCACGUACUCUAACUUUUCCAGGAUCACGGUUGCCUGUCCUUCGUCCGUUGGAAUAAUCACAGCUUCCUGUUCCUGUUUGAUUCCCUAGUGACCUUACCUCAUCUGAGAAGAUGGUUCGACGUGACCCAUGGGGUAUGAUGAGAGAUCCGAUUUGCUGACAAAAUGGUUUCUUGGAGUCUUCUGUGGUCUUCUUUCUGGAGAUUACAUGCCAGGAGCACUAAUUGCACACACCUGUUUGCAUAAAAUUAAAGGCCAACCUUGUUUCGCCACAACCCUUAUUUAGUAAAAUUACCUCCGACAGUAUUAAACCCAGCCCCAUUCCCGACUAUUCACUAUAGUCGCAGUGACGAAAGGCGAGCCACCGCUAGUGAUUUUACGACUGCAAAUGCAUGUGUUUUGCUUGCCUACUUCAAUCAGCGUUUAUUGCAUUUUGGGUACAAUUGUAGGUUGAGGCGAUUGCUCUCAGGUCAUAGCUUUGGUUUCACUUGUCUACAGCUUUUCAGUGGAAUUUCGUACAUCACUGAAUGAAUAAGAAAUCCAUACUGAAGAUAACGGCCGCCCGAGAGAGCGGCUGUUUUCUGCUCCCCUUUGGCAAGUGAUUUGCAGACGACAACAUAAGACCUCGUUUGACUUGUACCAUCCUGUUUUGAGGUUACCACGCGCUUGUUUGUGUGUCACGUGUGUGGUUUGCCCUUCAAGUCUGAGCCUCUCUCUUUUUAGAACCCUCGAGUCGCUUUACGAAGAACUGGUCAUGGAGGACAUCAUAAAACGAGUGGAAAAAGUGAACCUAUCCGACUACUAUGGCGAGUAUUCCUACCUGGGCUCCACGCUGAGGGCUAAUCAGAUUGAACCACAGCCAUCGCUUAGCGAUGUCAAACAGUUAGUCACUCUCUACGCCAUCCUACCCCUAGGUAGGUAUAAUAGGCUUUUAGAGGUCCUCAAUAUGUUUUUUUCGUUCAGUAAAGCCUUAUUUUAAAAAUAAUCAGUCUGUCAAUUAAUUACGACUUCUGGAUCAUCAGCGUAGUGAGUUGGACCGAAAACCAAAAUUCGAAGCGUGCCACCUGGUGGCAUUUCAACUUAAAUGGGAAAAGUGGUGCCUUCCUUCCAUAUUGGUUAACUUGCCAGCUGAAUUUUGGAGACUUUCGAAUUCCCUAAAAUAGCGACUGCUUUCAUUAUUGUCACACGCGGACAUUAAAGCGAGGACACAGCGUGGCCGCGUCCCAUCUGGGACUCCAAAAGGAGGCUACUGAUCACCUGCACGAGUUUUGCUUCUGCUAAGGAUGCCAGCAGACGUUAAGCUACCAUUUAUGACAGACCGGAAUGACCCGAACUCUUUGGUCAUUGAGCAGCUUAUUCAUAGGCCCCACCACUGAGCCAUGUGCUCGAGUCCUGUCAGCUGCAAAUGGCCUUGGAAAGACGUUCACAGGUUUGUCUUGAUCACAGAGUAGUUUCGAGUGCUCGCAUUCUUUGCUGUGCCGCUGCCCGUUAAUGUUUUGACUCGACCUACACUCUUUUUGGUUCCCCUUAGUUUACAAUAUUCGGUUAGUCGCUAAUUUUUGUCCUCCAGUUUAGACGAUAGACUGCCAUAACUGUCGAUCCUGCAUAAGAUUGUCUCGGGCAUUUGAAGAACUGAAGGCUCUUUAAGUCAGGUUUUCACGGCACCAUCGUGCUGUUGGUCCAGUCCCCCUUUCUCGGCGACCAUGUGUAUCAAGGUGCGUCGGUUGCCAGGUUCCCCAAUAUUUCGUAUCGCUGUGUCCGGCACAGACAUCAUCCGCCGAUCGGUUGACUGUCCAAAUGACCAGAAGGUGCCUCCGGCCGACAUUAACAAAACCCCUCAGGUUCUCGCUCGCUAUCACCGGCCUGCGCACUCUGUCUAAUAUUAUUCCAUACAAACUGGACUUCUCUGAUUUCCGAUUUCGGAAAGCAACUUUAUGAUCAUUCCCUAUGCAUAAAAGUAUGUCGAGUUAUAUCCACAUGCCUGGGCAAAGGGAACAACGAAUUGCAAAAGAAGCUGGGGUCAGAAUUACAAGUGGGGAUGGGGGGGGGGGUUAAACUUCUGCCCGAGUUCUAUCUAAGCAUUCUCAUCCUUAUAGGUUCUCCCGACGUGCAUGCCAGGGGUCCGCUCAUAAAAUCCCUCCUGCUUGCCGGACCCAAAGGUGUGGGCAAGACUUUGCUGGUACAUGCAAUUUGCAGCGAAACAGGAGCUAACCUCUUCGACCUCACUGCUAGUAAUAUAGCCGGCCGAUACCCUGGCAAGGACGGCCUUAAAAUGAUGAUUCAUAUGGUCUUCAAGGUUGCCAGCUUGCUGCAACCCUCCGUCAUUUUGGUGGACAACUGUGAAAAAAUGUUUUCGAAUAAGGUGCCCAAAAAUGACCCGGUAAGUCUCAGCCGUCUCUGUUUUUUACCAACUACAAUAACCCCUCUGUUCCUGCCAGACAAGUUGUGACUUAGUCGCACAAGUAUGCUCGUAAGAUUAGUUGUCGCGCGCCAUAAUUAAAAGACAGUUCAGCCACGUCAGGAUGUCAGCUUUCGAACGAGCGUCUUUUCGGCCGCUUGUGAAAACCGCACUCUGUAAAAAAUUGCUAAUUGAUUAUCAUUUACGUUUGAUGCUCUUAUGCUUCCAACUAUAUUUUAUGGAGACCAUGCAACUGAAUAUACAUUGUGAUCAUUUGGUAGCAAAUCACAGCUUCUUCAAAAUUUAUACCUCAAGGAAGGAUAUAUUUCGCUUUUUAAAAAAUUCUGUUUAUGAGAUUUUUUACGAUCAUGAGGUGUCUACUCAUAUGGCACCGUAUCCGUUUAUUUAGCAAUGUUACUUGCAAAGUAUGGAACAGCAUUCAGAUCCACUGCAAAGUUUUCUGAGCUCUAUAUGACGUCUUCUUAACAGAAUACGUAAGCAUGAGAUUUUCAUUACAUGGAAGAUAUGCAGUUUGUCGUCUGGAAACCCAGAAUACAAGUGUAACGAUCAUGCUUAGGUGUUCUUUUCUAAUCGAAGGCACAUUUCAGAAUUUCGGUUAACAUUUAAUGAGAUAGCACAGCUACUGUAGCUUUACGUGCUUUCGGAGUCUUAAACAGAGGGAGUGAGGCUUUUCUACUCCUCUGGGAGUCCGAUCUGCCGUUUACAACGGAAGUUAACAUCAUAGGCUAGCAUCCUUUCACUAUAUCUUUGCUGAUCUAAAAGGAAAGCACCAAAAACAUCUUAGCUAUUGUGAACAUGUGAAGUGUCCGCCUAACGUUUGUCUGACGACCAUGCCUAUUCGCAGAAUCAUGUUGAUGGAGAAAAUUUUUACAAGUGAUCUUUGUCAAGAUUGCACGAUUGUAAUUGCGACCGAAACCACUAAGCCCCCGUAAUCCUCAGACAAUUUGUGCCCGCAGAGCGUCCCUUACACAACCUGCUAGGCAGGAUUUUCCCGAGAGCCACCAAGGUACUAUCAAAAUACUCUUGUACAUAUUUUCUUACGAGCCAGGCGACCAUAUUAUUUCAGCCAUGCGUUCCGUAAUUCUCGCCGAAACAUCAGCCUCAUCUGUCCUUACGCCUGGAGGUUGCCGUGGCAAAAACAAUCGGCUGAAAGCAUGAACUGUUUUCUUACUCUGUGCAGUGACAUAGUUCUUCAUUGAGCCGUAAAUGCUCCGCGCCUUAUCCCCUGCUGAAUCCCUUCACGAACCAUUCGAAUUGUUGUUUUCUCAAAAGUGGGCAGACGAUGUCCCAAUCGGCUAAAUUUAAAAUUGCAACCAUUGCUUUCUAAGUCGCUUAUACACUCAUUUGCCGCUGCAAAGGUUGUCAUACCAAUCCUGGCUCUCUGACUUUUGAUUUGGUAAACCUCUCCUUGUCGAUCAACUACACUGUGACAAAUACACAGUAGAGCUCCGGUCACCGCGCCUGCUCUCACUUUGCUGUGGAGCACACGGUGAGCAGCGUCGGAAACGGCGGUCGAACUGUCAGAUCGCCAAUCCUUCUCAAAAAUAUCAUUCCUAGGAACAAAAUACCGCCCGCAGGUGAAUUUACCUUUCGCGAAGUAAACUAAUCUUGUAGGAAAUACCGAAAUGCGUUCUAGUACAUGUAUCAUUGCCUGGAUAUGGGCCAUCAUAACAGCUGACAAGUCUGAAUUGGAGAAUUUGCCAACCCCAUAUGAAACACUUGGGAACUUCCUACCUGCACUGUGUAUAUUUUCCCAAGUUUCGGAUACUUCUAGAAGAUAACACUUCCUAUUAGAGGUUAAACGUAAAAAAUUAGUUCGAUAAACGUGCUUUGUGGGAAAUUCCUUGAUUCUUGAAAAUUUGCACAUCAAAGUAUGCUAUGUUCGGUAUGUCAAAAGUUCUUCUCUGCAUGGGAUUUUUCGCGUAACAGCCUACGUUCUUGUGUUCUUAGGACCCUCAAACUAUGUUGUAUGCUGGCUCCUGUCAGGUACACUAACUACUUAUUGGUGUUUUUGCCAAAAUCUGAAAAAUAUAGCACAUUGGCAAAAUCAGAACCCAGAAAUCUGCAUCUACACAAAACGCAGUGGUUCUGAAUCAUGAGGCUUUUUAAACCUACACAAUCCGUAGUUUCAAACACGUAGUUUCACGAUAACGUAAUUCUAGAGGCCGAAAAGGGACGAGUCCCGACCUAUCUCUUUGAAGUAAAACAGUUACCUCCAUACAAGCAAUAGGAAGGAUAAAAAAUAUUUCUAAUAAGUUAGUUGCGAUUUUGACCGGUCGCAUUACAUUCAAUAGUUAGGAGAACUCUCGGUGUUAUACCGGCAGGCCAUUUUGUUUAGAGUAAUUUACGAAUGAUUUUGAACCCAUCAGUACCGGACGCCCACGGAAGGUAUAGCUUUCCCAGCAGGUCUGUUGAUUUCUCCAAUUAUACCAUUUGACGCACUUUGCAGGUUCUUUUACACGCGGUCUGGCUCAUUAUUGAUUUCACUAUCUUUGAUUUAGACCGAUCCGAAGCGUUUGAAAGGAGCUCUGAAGGCUGCACUGAAAUUCGUAACGCCAGACACUCGAGUGCUACUUAUUGGUUGUUCCAGUGCCCCAUUUGAGGCCACAGUGAAACCCUUCUGUUCACUGUACGAAAGAGUCAUCUUGAUCCCUCGUCCGGACUAUGCGUCUCGAUACCGUAAGUUGUAAUCUUAACCGUCUGUUUCAUCUCCACUUUCAUGUGAAAACCUGACUUUUCUUACACCUCCAUCGGUAUACUUGGCACAGCUAGGACACUCCUGUCCCUCUAAGGGCCUUUGACUACGCUAGAGUAAAGGCCAAGGACUCAUUAGUAAGCAACUGGGGUGGACAGUGGGGCCUGCGUGCCAGUUGUUAAUAUAUCUAGCCUCUGUAGAACGCCGAGGAUGCACUCCUACGCGUUAUGUGCAGCAAAGCUACACGGGUUAAUCACAAGACAUGUUAAGCGCUGUCGUUGGGUGGCCGCAUCUCUACCGUAACGGCCGACGGUCCUGAAAAGGUCUAAGUAUCUUUUAAAAACAACCUUGCCUGUGUCCAAUUUAAAGUGAUAUUUGAAAACACUUGAACACCGCAUCGAGGAGGCACGGGGCUACGUACGGUAGCGUCAUGCAUGGUCUAACUAUAUUACCUCCCCUGUCCCAAAGUGAAGACCAGGAACUUGGAAGUGGGCAGCACUCAGACAUUUUCCUUAGGUAUUCUGCUCUCUGGGCAACUUCUCUGAUGUGAGAGGGGGGUGAAGAGGCAGCUAGGAUAGCCCUACCUACCGGUCUAUUUAAUUGGAGGGAAUCUUAUUCCCGGUGGUUGAAACGUUUUCGGCUACAAAACGGUUACAGCACUACAGUCAUCGAAGUCUGAAAAUAUUCAGAGGUAGGUUCGUACUCGCCUGUUUUUUCCCUUUACUUGCAAUGUAAGGGUCGAUCGUUUUUGACUUGUGCAGCGUAUCCCUUAAUGUAACUUAUUUCGUUUGCACAUGGGAAAUUGUGCCUGACGGAAGUCACUAACAGUCAUACAUGUCCACGUCGGGAUUCAAACCUCUUCUUAUCGGACCGUAUCUUUUUUCUUAACAACGAACAUCUAAACCGACUAGACCGACGUCUGCCUGUAUGCUCUUUCCCGCCGAUGAUCAUUGUUAUUAUUGAGUUGUUUGCUGCGAUGGUAUUCGUGACGAUUAUAACGACCAUUGUUAUCAGUACAAUUAUCAUCAUAGUGCAAACCCACGAAGCGUGCGAUAGGAAGAUGUAGUGGCUACUUAGAUGUGAUUACAGUAGCGGCCGAUUGGUUGGCUCGGCUUCCGGAGGUCAGUUUUAAAUAAGCCGCGGCGGUUUAAAGACGACCCUGAAACAUUCCUUCAAAUGUCGUGGUGAGAGGUUUACCCAGUUGCGCCAAAAGCCGCUGUUGUGGCAUUCGUCUUUCGUUUCAUGGCAAAAUAAGGUUAACGGUCAAAGCAAAUCACCUAGCCAGGCACGACAGAAGGCCGCAGAAUGUAGAUGAAGCCUGACUAUAUUUCGGGGGAUCUUCCUUCAGGCUAGAAUGAGAGAAGCACGACUCAAGUUGGCAAAUUUCUGACAAGAUGAACGUACAGACUGGAUACGCCCAACAGUACAAGCAACAGAUCCCACGUGUAUGUGGCGCAGUUUCGUUCUCGGAUAUGAGCAUCACAGAUGGCUUCAAACCGACUAGGGUUAGAUGGAAAUCUAUUCCACCCAACACCCAGUCAUUAUAAUGGCGUCGCCGCAGCCCAGACUACGUUCUGACUCUUGCUAGAAGCUUCCUGAGCAGAUAGUCUGUGAUGAACGACGAGUUUUCAUAGAGAACAGCCAAGUUCACAGUGGAGUCGAAAUGACACAAAAGCCGCAGGUUUCUGUUUGAUGACGUCCUGUUUGCCAGACUUACAUCGUCAAGUCACUUCCAUUUUCUGGGUGCCCAAAAUUCCUCCGGAGUUUUUGUGAAGAGGCUUCAAUCAAAUUCACGAAGAACGGCUGGGGAUCGGCUCAACCGCACCAGGAGCCACCGUUUUGUGGACACUCUUCCCCUGUCGCCUUAUGAGAUUUCAGGGGGAAAAGCAGCAUCCGUCUGGCGUGUCCUUCUUCAUUUUGACCUACUUAUAUUUACCUAAAGCUGGCUUUGUAUUCUGUCUUUCAAAGUGAUUUGGCAGGUUCUCAUUCCAAAGUACCAAGGUGAGAUAACGGAUAAACUCGAUCUUUCUUCGUUGGCCAAAAUCUCCGACGGCUACACCAUGGGGAUGAUGGCAAAGGCGUGCCAAGAGGUACUGACUGAGAGGCGGUUAGCCCUCCUAGAACACAAGCCUCUGACAACGGGUGAAUUUAUACUCCCACUGUCACGCAUCGAUCCAGUCUUCCAGGAGGAGGAGGACGCAUACAAGGUGAGCCCCACUUAUGCCAGUACAACUGUCGGCCCCAUAUGCAUGGCCUAUUCUCCCCAGCAGGAGCACUAUAGACACAGCCGCAGGCCAAAAGACAACGAGGCCCAUCAAUGGUCCGGGGUGUGCGCAGUGGUGGCCUGCACAAGCACUUGCUUCGACAGAGGCAUAAUUACGUAGCAUUUAUCCCUUUCUCCAUUCCCGCACCUGCACCACACGUCACACAAGACCUGAGCCCUUCUCACCCGGCAUUUUGGACAAAAGUGUAUUAAAACUUUCUUUGAUUACACUAUGGGUGUGCGAUCGAACCGUGUACUCAGUACCGCUGACACGUUUAACCGCAAGUCGUUCUCGCGCAUGCAUAAGUGACUGAUGCGGUUUCAUCCGGCUUCCGAGGAGUUACACGCAGGCUUACUCUCACUGUUCAGCGUUCUACGCUUACCACCCACGCGGUGCUUAGACCAGACAAAAUACACACGGUCGUUCACUGGAAACUUAAUAUCAGGGACUGGGACACUUGACAACACUUCAUUACGACUGAAGAGGAGUGUCAGUGCAGUGGCCGACAGAGUUGGACAGCCCGUUCUCGCGUACCACGCAGAACCUGGUCCUUUACUUCACUUUUAGCAGGACUCAAUAAGGUGGUCUUGGAUCCUACAUAAGUGAGAUUGGCAUAAGGGCCAUACUAAGAAUGCCCUGCAGUCCGACCUUUGGUCCUCAGAAGGGCCGAAUCAUGAAGUCAAUUUUCAACCUUCUAAGCAUGCCAUUAUGAGUUUGCCCUAUAUUUGGUUUUUAUAAUGAAAAGGCGGAAGGGUCGAUCCGAGCUUAGUUGACCUCGCUACUUCCCCUCCCAGUGUUCUGCUGAGUCGAGCUGAUUGGAAAUUAGACUGUAUUCGAUGACCGAUUUGACGUAAAGUCGCUGGCUGACACAUGCCAUACAAGGUCUUGGGUUUGACAUAGACGAAAUAUGCCACGGAAGCUGCGAUAAAAAGCCACUCAAAUUAGGUACCCAUUCCAAAGGAUGGCUUGGUAAUUUCGUUAGCUGGCAACCUUUCAAGUCACGACUUUCAGUCCGUCGCGAGUUUCAGGCGAGUCAGAGUUGUGGUAAUGAGGUCACAAUUAAAAUGAUUUGGCACCGUUUUGCGUCGAUAUCGCUUGUUCUCUAUGAUCCGGGAGCGUCCUCAAUGCGGUGGGUGCGAAGAUGUUACAUGUUGAAGAAUCGAGACUAGGGCGAAAUCCUGCAGUAAGAAUAGGCAGAAGACAUUUCUAUACCGAUGGCAACGCUGGGUGAGUUGGUGUUACUGGUAUUGCAGUGAAUCCGACGGUGCCCAGCACGGUAAACCGGUCCCACGAUGAUGGGUACACAUUGCGGCCUCGGUCCGCGAUAUUUUUAGUCUUGCGUGCUCGUCAUGUCGCCUUGAACUGCUGUAUUCAAGUGGUUUCAAAGACUGUUGUCACAGUCUACAAGACGGAUCUGUUUGCCUGUCUAUCUUGCUCAAACGUUCUCCAGACCCCUUGGUUGUGUGGGAGGCAACUGGGAGAUAUUUCCACCGUGACCCUUCUCAGUCCAUGUCCCAAAUGCAAAUUCAGAAGAGCAUAACUCAGCCAACGAUCUUGGCAGUAAUAUUGAGAAAGGGAUAUUCCCUGUGGUUCUUGCCAAUUUGCGGGUCUUCGCAUUUGGGCUACAUCGCAGUUGGUAGCCCGGAACCGCAUUACAGGUGGCUGGGGGGUUUGUUUACUGGAGUUAUUUUGUGGGCCUCCAUAGUCACAUCGGACACAUUUGGCUUCCGUUUUACGUUUAAGGUUAGGAUUAGGGUGCCGGUUAAUGGUUUCCGAUUUUCCGGUUAGGGUUCUGCCUUUAGGCUUCGGCUUGCGGGUUAUGGUUAGGGUUUGUGCGUACGAAUAGGUUCCAGUAUUACGGUUAGGCUUCUCAGUUACGGCUAUGUCUAAGGGCUACGGUUACGUUUAAGAUUUCGGCUAGGGUUAGGGUUGCCGUUAGGGUUAACGGUAACGGUUGAGGUUAGGGUUGGGUUUGGGGUUAAGGUCGCCGUCCACUUCCCAUUCCGGGCUACCAACUGCGAUCUAGCCCAUAUUUAUACAAGCAAACACUUGCUGAACUCUAUUAGAACACUGAAUCAAGCUUGUCUGUGAACUGAGGAUUGCCGUACUGGGAAAUUUGUGCAGGAAUCUAGUCUGUGUUCGAGGUCUUCCCUCUUCCCACACUGUUCCUACUGUCUCCUCCGGAGAGUGCGGGUGAUAGAAGUCAGCAUUUGUCUCCAACUGCGGAGUCGAUUGGCAGCUUCCUUUCGGACUGUCGGUGAGUAGGUGAGGACGCACCUAGAGUUCGCACUCAAACUCUGCAGGAUCUGCGGCUCCUCCGGCAGAGGGUCACCCCAUCUGAGCCAAACAACGGCUCAGUUUCGGUAGAUUUUGGAAUGGAGAAGGCUUCGACGGUCACAUAGAGAAAUUUUUCAGUCCGCUUCGAUCUUCCCAUCCCUGCCCUGCGAGCUAGCCAGUUGCUUUGCAUCCCUCUCCAGCUCUGCUGCACUUAGCGACGGUAUUGGCAGCAGGCGGCAGUAUACUAGGCUGUCUUGUUACUCAUGUGGAUCUUGCGAAUACGGUUCUCCUCGGAGGUCAGUCGCCGUAUUUCUCUAUCGCUGUCAUCACAUCAGUGCGGAUGCUUUCAUCGUGCGGAUCCGAAGACUUUCGUAACAUUUGUGUGGAUGGAAUCAUUUGGCAUAUUCCAACUGUAUUUAGAUUCAUCAUCAUGCUUGAACAAGUAGAAGUUUUACCAGGUGAACAUAUUACUAGAUUGAAAACUUUGACCCGGGGUUGUGAUUAGUGAGAUGAUUGUUAGUAUGCAUAUCGGCUGCAAGAGGUAAGAAAGCAUCAGAUGAUUUGGGAUUCCGUCCCGAAGUAGGACCUAGGCCCACCCAGGCAGGCCCGCAACCGACGACAGUCGAUCAAAUGCUCUAAGAACUUGUGAAGGGCAUUCCUUUAUCAGUGACAUUUACUUAAUUCAGACUGGCCAAAUGCUGUUGGCCAUGGAGACUAGACACGCAUACUUAAAGUAGAACGCUGGAGCUAUGCCAUCUGUUUCGGUGGAAUAUCUUCCAAAGUCAAACUAAGCGAUUCUUACCCCAGUACCGCCCUAACGACAUCCGGCCGGUGGUAGCAACAUAGGCCGAGCCUCAGGUUUGUCUGUUAGGAAAAACAGGACACUACUGCAGGUGGGUUUCAUGAAUACUUAACAAACACAAAUUUUGUCGUUGUAGAGUUGGUAUCGAAAAACACCGAUGGGGAAGAAGCGUAGCAAGGCAAUUCAAGAGGCGGCUGAGGCGGCGGCGAACGCAAGCAAGAAGAAGGGCAAGAAGAAGUAG